AAUCAUCCCAAUCAAACAAAGUAAUCCCACCUGUGAGAGCGAUAUUCAACUUACCAUCACUCGUUCCCGAACCCCGCGCCGUAACCGACGAUCCAAUACGGCAGUCAGUCAAGUCAGUCAAGUCAGUCAGUCAAGCAGGCUGCGCCAUAUGCACCAGGCAUUCGAGAGAAGAAAAGAAAAGAAAAAGAAAAAACUCCCCACCCGACAGGGGUCAGGAAAAGGAUCGAAAAAUGUGAGCAAUUGCAGUUACAGCUAUGACAUGAUAAUCUCCGCAGUCCGCCCCACUCACAGCCAACCAACACUAUCAUCACCUCAGCACUACCGACCGGUACGGUACAGUACUCGAAAACCUAGCAAGCCCCAUAGCUUCGUUCGUUCCUUCGUUUCCCCCCCUUCACAAGACCCGCACCCCGCACCCGCACCCACUGCCAUCAAUCCAGGUUAGACUAAUACCCAUAAGAUUAAAAUGGAAACAUUUACGGUUAACCGCAACUCACGUUGCGCAGCCCUAACUGUCGUAUUACUGUAGCUGCGCCUGUCAGCCGCCUUCCAUGUGCGAAAAAAAAACCCCCGGGAAAUGGAAAAACGAAAAAAUGGAUCGUGAGUUUGGGGCAGGGUGGGUGGUUGUUCUCGGGUGUUAGCAUAGGUGAAAGGAAAGGAAACAAAUUACUUGUUAUUGUAAGGCUGGUAUUAUUGAUAUAAUGUCAUGAUCGCAGUGUUUGAUAAGGUUUCUUUCUUUUUCGUUGAUGGUGCUGGAUUGCACUGUACUGUACUGUACUAGUACAGCGCCUACGUCUCCGCGUGUAUUGUACAGUACUGUAUCGUACUGUUUCUGUAUUGUACAGUACUCGUACUGUACAGUAUUGUGCCUGUACGAUACUUGCGCUAUGCUAUUCUACUCGAGUAUAACAACUUAUAAUAUACUAGUAGCUACUAUACUGUUCAUGUACUGUACGGCAGUGAUGUACUCGUGUACAGUACGUACCAUAACCUAAUACAGCAGCGACGGUAUCAUACCAAGGCGCCCA